CGAAUACCUAAUCGUAGUUUGAUCAUGUGACUGUUCAAAAUGGUGGACGACGUGAAGCUGUUACAGAACGAUGAUUUAUUUCCUUUAAGUUUAAAUAGUUUUAUUAAAGUCACACAGUACUGACCAUGGAUCAACAUUUUAAAAGACAGAACCUGACAUACCAGAAUUACACGGAAGUACCAGCAGAGAUUAUACAAAGGACAGCAAAAUAUGUGGAAGAAUUGGAUCUCUCUUACAAUCGAAUCUCUAGAGACCUCCGAUUCUUAUCCGAGUACACUAGUCUCCAGUCUCUGGUUUUGGACCACAACCAGCUGACCCCACACCUCAAAAUGCCUGAAAUGCCACUUCUCCACACAUUUUGGGUUAACCAUAACAACAUUGAAAACUUAGGUGUGUUUAUUGGGACGCUUGCCAAACGCUGCCCUAAUUUGCGAUAUUUGUCCAUGAUGAACAACACAGCUGCACCAAGCUACUUCAACGAUGGAACGUAUGAACAAUACACGGACUAUAGACAUUAUGUCAUCAGCAAAUUUCCUAAGCUUGGAACAUUGGACGAUAAGAAGAUAGAAGCGGAUGAAAGAAGCGAAGCAGAGAGGAUUUAUAAACCGGUUCCCAGAAAGAAGCGGAAAGCAAAACCACCGUCAUCAUCGUAACAUGUUUCUAUGAACGUUAUAAGUGUGGUAGUAUCUCCAUGACAGUGGCUUAUUUAUGGAAUAAUACUUGAGGAACAAAUUAUGAUAUUUCAAUAAUGGUUAUAUUCAUCAUAACAUUGAUCGAAUGCAUUUUCUUUAGCAUCUCCAUGACAUUGGCUUAUUUAUGUAAAAGGGCUUUUAUACUAGAAUUUCGUUUCUAUUGUAAAUGUAUUAUUCUUUCCUUUUACUGUGAUAUUUGCUGAAACUGUAAGUCUAUGAUAUUUUAUCAUAUGUUUAUUAAUGGUUAUUAGUAUCAUUAUAAAAUUAAUACCAAGCACGUGCUCUAUGGUUUCCAUGACAUUGUAUACUUUUUAGCUCGACUAUUUGAAGAAUAAGUGGGCUAUACUACUCGCCCCAGCGUCGGCGUCGGCGUCUGGUUCAAGUUUUAGGGCAAGUUGGGAUUUUCACUUAUAAGUCCAAUACCCUACAUUCAAUUGACUUAAUACUUCACGCAGUUGUUCAGGGCCAUCAUAUGAUGAGGUUAGAUAACUCCAUAUUAUUCUUUACACAGAUUAUGGCCCCUGAUUGACUAUUGAACUUAGGUUAAAGUUUAAGGGCAAGUUGGAAUAUUUAUUAAUAACUUCUAUAUCCUUUGUUCAAUUGACUUAAUACUUCACACAGUUGUUCAGGACCAUCACACAAUGAGGUUACAUCACUCCAUAUUAUCCUAAAUACAAGUUAUGGCCCCUGAUUGACUUAGGUUUAAGUUUAAGGGCAGGUUAAAGUUUUAGGGCAAGUUGGGCUUUUCACAUAAAACUCCAACACCAUUCAUUCAAUUGACUUAAUACUUCACACAUAUGUUCACAGCCAUCACAUAAUGAGGUUAGAUAACUCCAUAUUAUUCUUAACACAGAUUAUGGCCCCUGAUUGACUAUGGAACUUAGGUUAACGUUUUAGGGCAGGUUGGGAUAUUGUUUAAUAACUUCUAUACCCUUCAUUCAAUUGACUUAAUACUUCACACAAUUGUUCAAGACCAUCACCCAAUAAGGUUACAUAACUCCAUAUCCUUAAUACAAGUUAUGGCCCCUGACUGACUUAGGUUAAAGUUUUAGGCAAGUAAAAGUUAAGGGCAAGUUGGAAUUUUAAUAAAAAAAUACUUUUAUACCGUUCAUUAAAUGCACUUAAUAAAAUUCAAAAUUAUUUACGACCAUCUUACAACAAGAAACAUAACUCCGUUUUAAGCCUACAUACAAAUUAUGGCCCUUGAUUUUUUUUUUGAUUUUUUUAAAUUUCCUUUGAAAGGCAUAUUUGUAUAUUCUUUACCACAUUUUCAUUAUGGGAAAUCAAGUUAAUUGAAUGACUUGCGUCAUUGUUUGGGCAGGCUGGUGGGAGGGCAGCAUCAAAGUCACCUUCUGUAUCGAAUAAUUUUAGUUAGGUUUGACAUAAAGAGACCAAACUUGGUAUUAUGACAUCGUUAUUGUAUCCUAAGUCAAAGCGGCGUAGUCGAGCGCGCUGUCUUACGACGGCUAUUGUUUAUGUGAUAGUGCUUUUAAUACUUACUUUUGUUGGUAUCAUUCUCAUCCGUGAUAAGUGCUGUAAUUAUAGUUUAUGAUUUUAUUCAAUCCUUUUACAAUUGUUAUAAUAAUCAACACCAUUAUACUUAUCCCAUUGAAUAACUGAGUAAUUCCAUGAAAAAGUUUCUAAUGGGAUAGUGCUUUUCGAAAUUCUCAUCUCUUUUUGGUCAUAACAAUCUUUGAUAUUUGCUGUAACUGUAAGUUUAUGUAUUUUUUAGGGAUGCAAACGAAUAUUCGCAUAUUGGAAUAUUCGAUCAAACGUUUGGUUUUCGAAUGUCAAAAUCGUGAACAUUAUUAAAAUAAUUAUCAUAUUUUUUUUAUGAUAACUAUUUUAAAAAUGAUAAUACUUAUUUGUUGUGUUAUUAAGAGGCCAAAUUUGAAAUUGAUUUUUAGCUCGUCUGUUUUUCGAAGAAAAAAAGUCGAGUUAUUGUGAUAGCCUUGGCGUCGUCGGCGUCGUCUGCGUCUGCGUCUGCGUCUGCGUCGUCGUCGUCGUCCAAAAACUUUAACCUUACCUCAUAACUCAGACGAGCGUUGGCACCCACUCCGCGGUGCUCUUGUUUAUCUUCAUAAGUAAGGUGCUUUGUCAUAUUAACCAUUACUUGCUAUGUAUCAUGUAUAUGCACCUAAUAUUGGUAAUGUUUGAUGAUAUAUAAUUUGUUUACAUACACAUUAGAUAAUGAAUCCGUUUUAUAAAUGGACUAAAUAUAUAUAUAUAUAUAUAAAUAAGACGUUUAUUUAAAGAUGCAAUAUCCUUUAAGAAUAGCAGUAAUUAAUUUAAUGCAAUAUGUAAAUAUUCUCAAUGUGUUCAUACAAUCAAAUGCAGAUUGUGUUUGUAUAAACAACUUAGAUUCAUUCCAUACAUACAGUUAUUUAUGAAAAUGGUAUUCUCACAAUUUGUAAAUUUGCAUGUGAAAUUACAGUGCAGUUGUUAAGAUGUUCAUUAUUGCUAUGUUUGUUGUAUUUUAUUUUGUGCUGUACAAACUUGUACAACUUUGGUUUCAUAGUUCAACUUAACCUGUUAAAUAUACCAUUGUGCUCCUGAGUACGAUUUUUUACCGUUU